AUGUCAAGCAAACGAGCAUCCAUGAUGCCCCCUCCUCCAAAGCCUCCAACCAAGCUAUCUUCUUCUCUUGUCAUUGCAGAUCAGGCUGUGUUGACGGGCACACACCUCAUAACCCUCGACGCUAACACCGUCAUCCACCCACGAACGAAGCUCAAUUCCGGAUAUGCUCCAAUACAUGUGGGAAGCAACUGCAUUAUUAGCGAACGGGGUCAAAUCGGUCUACAAAGCGACCCACCAGAUGAUGACGAAUAUGGUGUGACCAUUGAAAAUGGCGUUGUGAUAGAGGUCGGAGCUGUGGUGGAAGCACGGACUAUUGGAGAAGGGUCUAUCAUUGAAGUCAACGCCAAGAUUGGAAAGGGAGCUGUCAUUGGCAAGCAUUGUAAAGUUGGUCCACUAUGUGAGGUUGCAGAAGGAGAAGUUCUACCUGAUUUUACCGUGCUUUACGGUAACGGUGUGCGACGUUUGGACACCAGCGGGGCUGAGGAAUUGAAACUGAGGAUGGUUGCAAAGCAGGUAGAGGUAUUGCGGAAGCUUAUACCAAGCAACUUAGCCAAGUUUCAAUGA